AUGACGCACCGGCUUUUCGGGUUUAUCAAUAAAGUAAAGGAAGCGGCCAAGAUACUUAAUGCUGAAGAGGAAAGUGAAUAUGAGGAAGAAUACGAAGAGGAAGAAACAAAAGAAAAGGGAGAAAAUGAGUCAGAUAUUUCGGAUAUCGAUCUUGAUGAAGUAGAAGAGCUAUUAAAAGAAACAAAAGUUGAUACUGAAACGAAAGAGGAAGUCAAAGUUGACCCUGUAAUUGAAGAAAAACGAAAACAAAAAAUGCAAUAUUUUGAAGCAUUCACAAAAAUCCAAAAUCUAUUUCCGGCAAUGAAACUUUUGGAUAAUCCAGAUGCUUUGAUUACAGAAUUAGAGUCAAUUCAGCAAAAACAAACAAAUUUAAACUCUGAAAGAGAGAAAUUUACCGAAAUUCUUGAUGCAAUACGGAGUUUAGACUUUGUGGAGCAAGAUUUGAAAGCAUCUCAAGAGAAUAUUAAUGUUGCCCAGUCAACAACAGAAAAACUUAAAUCAGAUCUCGACAAAGCUAAGAAAUUGAAGCUUGCAGCACGCUCGAAAGCAGCUGAACUUCAAUCACUAAUACAACAAAAUAGUAUAAGAGCAAAUGAUCUCAAAUCACAUAGAGAUGAACUUGAAAAACAAAUUGCGACGUAUAAUGAGCAGAUUUCUGCAACAAAGAAAAAGAUUGAAGUCCAACAAUCAACAAAUCAACAAUAUCAAAACACAAUUGAGCAAUUACAGCAGAGUUUCUUGAAAUCGAAAGAAGAAUCUGAAUCAAUUCAAUACGAACUUGAAGAAGAAGAUAGCAGAUUGAAACAAGUACUGGCACAGCUCGAUGCAGCUCAAAAUCAAUCAAGAGAAGAAAGAUUAUUGUCAGAAAAUCAAGAAAUUACAAGUUUAGAAGAAGAAUAUGCUUCAUUGCAACGUGCAAUUACUGCAUCUGAGAAACAAGCUUCUCUUGAGCGAAACGGCAUGUCAUUACAAGAAAUUGAAAAGAAAUUAACAGAAUUAACUGAAACACAUAGAAAACUAUCGACCAAAGUUGAAGUACAGAAGGAAGAAGUGAAGGAUGAAAGGAAAGAUGUGACUGCUUUGCUUAUUUCUUACGUAAAAAAGGAAAAAGACGCUGAAGAGAAUCUGAAAUCAUAUUUCCAAUGGUCUGAUGGCCAAAUAAAGAAGGCUAAAGAUGAAUCUUUAGGAUUUUGGGGCAAAACAUCGAGACUUUUGGCAAGAUUUACUGAUUCAUGGUCAAGUUAUCUUCUUCAGGCUGUUGAUAAUUAA